GCAUUCGCAACGAUGGAGCAAGAGAUGGAAGCAUUCCUACAGCAGCACCAGGCGCAACUGGUGGCGGCGCAAGUACCCGAGUACCUGUGGCCUGUAGCGUACUACAAACUCAAGAAUGAGGUGUUUGAUGCCGGCAACUAUUUUUUCCUUGCUCGCGAUGAAGAUGGAGACUUGCACGCCGUUGUGCGCGAUGACGUGGACUUGGCACCCGUGCAACCUGACGCGGACGAGGCUCUUUUCUUGGUAGACCACGCUUGGACAUUUACUGUUGACAAGGUGCGCGAGCAGCUGGAGGCUGUGCCACCGCUUCUCGAACGCAUGGUGAACCUUAUGCAAUUGGAUGGAACCGCUGGUCUCUCCAAGGAGGAACGCGUGGCUGCUGUCACUGACCGUGUGUGGCGCUACGCCAACACAUAUCGUCUUGGCAGCGCGAAACCUGAGGACUCCUCCACGAUCUGGUAUGUGAUGGAUGAGGUUGGAUCAGCCAUUGAGCACGGAGACGAGCCCAACGUGCGCAUGGCACCGUUCUACUUCGGUCCGUCACAGUGCGCGUUCUCCCUAGUUUGGACUGUUCAGUCUAUCGAAGGCGGCGACUUCCUGUCGCGUGACUACUUCCCCGAGUAUGCAGCAGAAGUAGCCAUGCAUACAGCACUACUCGCUGCGCUAUUCUACCAGCCUGGUAAUGCUGACAGUCCGUAUGUGGACCAGCUGCUGGAGAUUGCUAAUGGCCGCAAACAGAACUACACGCUCGCAAGCGCUCGCGGAAAGUUCCACGCCAUCGUCAGCCACGACUCGGAGACACUUCCAGAUCCAGCGACUACCACGACAUCGGUCCCGCUUUCCACUGUCGUGGCAGGGUCAGACCCGCUUCGUGUGUGCUCCGACUUGCAAUUGGUGCACGACAACUUGACUCAUCCACGCUUUACGCUGGUGGACAAUGAGGAUGAGGCUCAAGUUGUGUGGUCAACUCGUCAUCUCAAAGACUUCCCCAAGUACACGACGAACGGGAACGUACAGAUCAUCAACCAGUUCCCGAACAAAAAGAUCCUCACGUGCAAAGAUCUGCUCUACGAAAUGUGCAAGCUGCAAAAUGAAGUUGUGCAGCCUGACUGGCUCGCGGAGACGUACAACAUGACUAGUGAGUUCCCUGAGCUUAUCGCACAGUUCCUCCGACGCGACCUGGCUGCUCACGAGAACGGAGACGACGAUGACGAGGCGAACCACUGGAUCUGCAAGCCGUGGAACAUGGCGCGUUCCAUUGACACGUGCAUCGCGCAGAAUGCGGCGCACCUCGCGCGUCUGACCGAAACGGGAUCCAAGAUCGCAUGCAAGUACAUCCACCGUCCGUUGUUGAUCGACCAACGCAAGUUUGACUUGCGCUUCCUAGUGAUGGUCAAGUCCACGAAGCCUUUAGAGCUCUACUUGAGUGGAGUGUACUGGCUUCGUAUUUCCAACAAGGAGUUCACGAUGGACAAUUUCCAGGACUUUGAGACCCACUUUACCAACUCGGACUUCGCUGUUCGUAUCAUGGACAACGCUGAGUUCGUCGAGCGGUUCGACAAUGAGUAUCCGAGCGAGGAUUGGUCCAUGGUGUACGCCGAGAUCUGCUCGACUAUUAAGAAGCUGUUUGAAUGCGCUACCGCUCAAUAUCCUCCGCUUGGUCUGGGCCGUUGCACGAAGUCGCGUGCGCUGUACGGCGUGGACGUCAUGCUGUCGUGGGAAGCUGACGAGGAGACUGGUGACGAGCGUCUGUGUCCGAUUAUCCUGGACACCAACUCCCAACCGGACUGCACGCGUGCUUGCAAGUACUUCCCGCAUUUCUACAACGAUCUCAUGAACGUUCUGGUACUCGACCGUCCCGACGAGACUGUCCACGGCUGCACGCGUCUUUAA